UCGCGCGCUCCGUUGAGUCAGAAAGUGUGUGGAGCUCGAGUCCGCAAGCCACGGCUCAGGCAUGCUCGGACUAGCAGAGUAAAUGGCGUCUUUCAAAACGGAUUUAUACCAGCAUCUGCUGUUUCUUGCAGUAUUUCUGUCAGUCUCUGGUGUGAGGAGUUUUAGUGAGCUGUUUUUUAUAAAGGAGCCCCAUGAUGUGACCGUAUUGAGGAGGGAUGCUGUGGUUUUGGACUGUCAGGCCCACGGCGAGGCUCCCAUCGGGAUCCGGUGGCUGAAGAACGCAGUGGUGCUCACAGAGUCAGAGCGGGUUUACCUGCUCACCAACGGCUCUCUGUUCAUCUCAGAGGCGGACAGUCGUAAAGACAAAUCAGAUGAAGGCUUCUACCAGUGCCUUGCCCAGAACAAAUAUGGAUCUAUUCUCAGCCAGAGAGCGCGCUUGACUAUCGCAGGUUUAUCCUCCUUCACUCAGCAGCCGGCAUCAAUCACGGUUACAGAGGGAUCUGUCGCACGAUUCAGCUGUAAGAUCACAGCCACGCCCCCACCAAUCAUCACCUGGGAGUUCAACAGAGUCACUUUACCACUGGCCACUGAAAGAAUCACAGUCCUGCCCGGGGGAGUGUUACAGAUUCAGGGAGUUGAACGGGCUGAUGCUGGGAGUUACCGCUGUGUGGCCGUUAAUAUGGCCAGCCGCCGCAGGAGCUCCGAGGCCGAGCUAACCGUGACCACAGCUCCAUCUCCCAGAGUUCCUCAAAGACCUCGUAUCAUCGCCGCUCCGCAGAAUCUGACCGUGGCGCUUCACAGCACGGCUCUGCUGGAGUGCAUGGCGACCGGAAAUCCUCGUCCGCUGAUCUCAUGGAGCCGCGGCGACCAGAAAUCCAUCGACGUUCACAAAACCAAGGUUCUCGGCAAUGGAAACCUGCUCAUUUCCGACGUGAGACCCCAGCACGCCGGGAUCUACUUUUGCCGUGCAACUACGCCAGGAACCAGAAACUACACCAUUGCAGCCGCUAAUAUAACUGUGCUAGCGGCGCCGUCUCUCGUGGAAUGGCCGGAAAGCGUGACCCGACCGAGGGCUGGUACCGCCCGCUUUGUGUGUGUGGCAGAGGGAUCUCCAAAGCCUCAGAUAACAUGGCUGAAGAACGGUGAACCUGUUCACUCCAAUGGACGUGUCAAGAUGUAUAACAGUAAACUGGUGAUUAACCAGAUCAUUCCUGAAGAUGACGGCAUAUACCAGUGUCAGGCGGAGAACGAGCAGGGGUCGGUUCUGGCCAUGGCUCGUCUGAUCGUAGUGAUGUCAGACAACCGGCCGAGCGCUCCCAGAAACAUCCGUGCGGAGACCGUGUCCAGCUCAGCCAUCCUACUGGCCUGGGAGAGACCCAUGUACAACUCGGACAAAGUCAUCGCCUACUCUGUGCACUACAUGAAGGCAGAAGGUCUAAAUAACGAAGAGUACCAGAUCGUUAUCGGUAACGAUACUACCCGCUACAUCAUUGAUGACCUGGAGGCUGGGCGGAACUACACCUUUUACAUCGUAGCGUACAUGCCUAUGGGUGCCAGCCGCAUGUCUGACCACGUCAUACAGCACACACUCGAGGACGUCCCCUUGCGUGCUCCUGAGUUGAGCCUCACUAGCCGCAGUCCGUCUGAUAUCCAGGUGUCGUGGCAGCCUCUGUCUCAUAAGAUGAGCCGCGGUCGUGUGUCUGGGUACCGCCUCUCGUACAGGACCAGCACAGACGAGGCAGUGACACAGCUGGAGCUCUCAGGACACAGAACCCAUCUCCUCCUGGAGGGUCUUCACCCAGACACCACGUACCUGCUCCGCAUCUCUGCAGCGACCAGCGUGGGAUCGGGAGAACCAUCGGCCUGGACGUCCCACAGGACACCGAAGGCCUCCAGCACUAAAGUGCCCCUGGCACCAGUGCUUCAGCUGGAGUCUCUGAACUGCACGACUGUGGUUUUGCGUUGGCAUCUCCCAGCGGGCAGCAGCGCUGGACUGCAGGGCUACAAACUUUCCUACCAUGAAGAGAGUGAACCAGCAGGACCGCCGACCCAGAUUCCCCCUCACCGGCGCCAGCACACGAUUGGAGGCCUGGAUCCAAGAAAAAAGUACCAUGUCAAACUCCUGGCCUAUAGUUUGAUGGGUGAAGGAUACCAGGCAGACCAGACCAUCAGCACACCGGGAUGUGUUUCGGUCCGUGAUCGUCUGGUCCCGCCCCCUCCUCCGCCUCAUCACGUUUACGCCCGCAGUAACUCCUCCUCCUCUGUGUUCCUGCAUUGGGCCCGACCGGCUUUCACCGGCGGUCAGACGGUCAACUACACGGUGCGCUGUAACCCGGUGGGACUGCAGAACGCCUCGCUGGUGCUGUACCUGCAGACUGCGGCCCAGAGUCUGAUGGUCACCGAUUUGGACCCAAACACCAAUUAUGAGUUUGCAGUGCGUCUUCAUGUGGACCAGCUGUCCAGUCCCUGGAGUCCCGUGGUUUACCAGAACACACUGCCUGAAGCUCCCACUCGAGCUCCUGUAGGAGUGAAGGUCACUCUGAUUGAGGGAGAUACGGCGCUGGUGUCCUGGAAAGCGCCUGACGAGCUCAACAUCGCCGUGACUCGUUACACCAUCCUGUACGCAUCACGCCGAGCCUGGGCCGCCGGAGAGUGGCACAUCCUGCAGAGAGAAGGGAGCGUCACGAUGGCCCUGCUGGAGAAUCUUCAGUCCGGUCAGGUGUACCUGGUGAAGGUCUCAGCAUCCAAUCAGAUGGGAGAUGGGCCGUUCUCACCUGCUGUAGAACUGACUGUGGCUACUGAUGGACACGCCCCCCGAGCACAUGGCUCCGCCCCCGGCACAGCGUUUUCUGCUGGUUUCUAUCAUCUGGAUCAGAGGUCGAUGACGGGGAUUGUGGUGGGCGUGUGCAUCGCUUUAACCUGCAUCAUCAUCUGCAUCUUCAUACUGGCCUGCAGGAGCAAAACCAGGAAAUCAUCCACUACCAAAUCCAUCAGACAAGCAGGAGGACAGACUCCGCCCACUGCUGUCCGUCUGGCCAAUCAGAGCCAAGAUGAGAGUGUGGAGGUGAUGAUGCCCAUGAUGAGGGAUCAUUUCAUAGAUGCAAAGGGCGGAACAAAUCUGAUCAUUAACAGCUGUGGACCAGUGAAGCCCACCACUGAGAGGAAGAAAAGAAAGAGGUGGAGCUUCUUUAAGAGGGAUAACAAGGAUGUGAAGAGGGUCUCCAGUCCAUCUUACUCCUAUCAUCACGGCACCACGCUGCUGUGUUACACAGAAAGCUCUCCUCAACACCCGCCGUCCUCUCUGCAGGGCCUGUUUGGGCCACCGGGGGGCGACAGUGAAGGCUCUCAUUCCAGCGAGGGCAGCCACGAGACGAGCGACUCGGGACGCUACUCUCAUGACGACACCGAGGCUACUAACCUGUCUAUGGGUGCCGGCAGUCACCCAGCUUCCCUGCAGGGCGAGGAUAGCGACGCGUCGGACAGGAAAACGCCCGUUCACGAGGAUACAGAGAAAGAGCUGCAUCCCCACGUGAUCCUAAUGACACUUCAGAAACAGGAAAUGAUGGAGCCACAUCCUGUUUAGCAAAAACCCUUGUGCGCUCUAGCGCCCCCUUCUGCUUAAACGGACUACUGAGCAAGUCCUGGACGACCCGAGACGUCCACAUGGCCUUUUUUCUCGGUGAAUGUAUUUGUUUCUCUCUUUUGUGUGUUUGAAAGAAACUCGAACCUCACCCACCAUGAAUGUGUGACGUGAAUGUCACGUUUUUCUGACAUUACCUCAGGGAGAGAGAGCGGAAGAGCCUCUCUUGACUUCCUAAUCUACCUCAGUUCAGUAUUUAAUGUCCACUUAAACACUCGACAGUGUUGUUUUCAUGUUGGUUUGUCUGUCUGUUUAAUCCUGAAGUGUGAGGUGCAGUCACAGCCAAUCAGAACAUAGCUGCUGUUUAAUAUGCAGGACUUUGGACCAAUAGGAGUUCACAGUGGGCGGAGCUACCCAGCUCAUUGCAUCACACAGCUAGGACGGUGAUUUUUACCUACCUCAGGUUCAUAAACGUUAAACUUUCAGCUAAAUGUUUUACUCUGAUGUUUACAUGUGAUUUAUUUGCGACUCCACUUCAGGUCACGUUAGAUUUCUCAGGUCUGCUGUAUGAAUGUGUCAUAUUUUUGCUCUUAUAGUCCCUGUUUUAUACUACCUCGUUUUACCUUUUGAUUUUUAGCAGCAGUUGUGUUUGAUUUCUUUGUCUCAGGGAUGAUUUGAAAGCCAUGUGUUUUGUACAGUGACAUGGUUUGAUGGACAGGGUUUUUUUCCGGGCGCUUGACCCGUGCUGAAUGUGUUUUAGCUCUAUAUUAUUUCUUCUUUUGAAUACGAAGUUACCAAAACUGCUGGACGUUUCUUAGUUCGGCAGAACCGAUAGCUUUAAACAAUGGCCUUAAAGUGUGAAGAGCUGCAGAUGAGAGAUCGAAACCAAAAAUAAUAAUCAAAUCUGAAUAAUCAGGACAGCUUUUUGCCUCCAAAGAGAUCUAUUUUUCUCGACAUGCAGUAUAUGUACUACUACUGAGUACGCAUUUUAGUUACUUUAGUGCUUUGAAAUAGUGGAUGCUUUUUAGAUUUAGGAUCAUGAGUGUAGCACUUGUCUUGUUUUGUAGUUUUUUUCACGCAGCUGUAUGUGCAACGGUGACACACCAUCAUCCGCUGUUUCGUUUCUUAUUUCUGGUUCGCUGGUCUUCUGGAUGAUACGAUGACAAUGAGAUUAUACAUGAAUCAAACCAAAGAUGUUUCAGAUGUUUUGCUUUAAAGAACUCCGAGACGUCUUGAUGUCCUGAGACCAAAUGAGGAGGAGAUGCAGAAGUUCAGCUUACAAAUCUCAUGAAUGCAUGUCAUAUUUUACUCCAAAAACAAAACAAUCGAAAAAAAACCAAGAAGUUAAAUUGUGCAUGAAGAAAAUCAAUAGCUAGGCUACUUAUUUCGUGACACAUUGUGGUGUUAUUUGCAUGACAAUUAAACACAUUACCAUGAUGUAUUUAUAAUAUUUUAUUAAAAAUAACUUAUGUAAAGAUCAUAAAUGUAUCGCCUAUUUGUCAUGAUAUAAAAUAGAACAUUAUUUCAUAUAAAAAAUAUUUUAAUGCAAAUCAUGCAUGCUUAAUUUAAAUUUUUGAUGCUAAUCAUAUAUUAAUUGCUUAUUUGACAUGAUUUAAAAUAAUCAUCAUUCAACAAUAUCAUGCUUAACUGUCAUGUCAUAAAAUAAUUUCAUGAUAUAAAAUGUUAUAUUUUUUAAUGUAAAUCAUACAUUAAUUGUUUAAUUGUCAUGAAAAUAACUAUGGCAUUGCAGUAUGUAAUUUCAUCAUCUUCUUUUUUUUUUGAGUAAAAUAUUAGCCAGGUAUUUUCCUGAUUCUACAGCUUUAUGAGAUUCACCUCCUUAAAUCAAAUGUCACAGUGAUCAGUUUCCCUCAAUAGAGUUUCAGGUUCAGCAUGGAUGUUAUUGUGCAUUGAAAUUAUAUACAGAGAGAGAGAGAGAGAGAGAGAGAUAUUAUAUUAUGUUAUUCUAAGAUCCCAUGCGGCUGAAAUUCUUCUCAAUCAGGGGAAAUUGAUUGCUGGCUGUAUUUCAAUCAGAGAAACACAAUCAAUUUUGAAUUUUUCUUUUCUAGGGUAAACAGCCUGAAACCAAAGACUGUGUUCACCGUUGCACCGAGCAUUAAUGUAGAUUCUUUUGCAUGUGUUUUGUCAUUUUCCAAAGCUUUAUUCCUAAGUAGAUUUGAUUUCUGCACACUGAAAGGACAUCAGGAAACCGAAAACAGUGUUGCAUGCUCAUGCUUUCAAUCGCUUUUGACUUUCAAGAAAACCAAAGAAGAUGGAUUUCAGCCUUUUGUUUACUUUCAUAACUUUUCUCACUGGAGGAGAAUUAUUGUAUUGUGUUUUUUUUUUUUUUUUUUUUUUUUUUUUUUUUGCAGGGGAUAAAUAAUGUGCCCUGGAUUUUGUGAAAGUACUGACUAAAUAUUUGGUUUCACUGUCCUGCUGAAGAAAAGAUCUUCCAGUCUUUUCAAAGAUCUAGCUAGGGCUUGUUUUCAGCAAGAUUUGAUGUUUUUUGAUAUACAUUUAAAUAUGCUUUAGUGUUUUAGAACAAUAUUGAUUGUUGUGUUAAAUUGUUAACUUCACAUCUGGGUUUUCUUUGUGUAAUUCCAUGCAAUUUUUCAGAUUUCUUCAGCUAAAAGUUGCGAAUUAGAAAUGCAUUGUCAUAAAGCGUGUCAAAUGUUUAGCAUCUGCGUGUGCUGAUGACCUCUAUUAGAUAAAAGCUGCUCAUUUUUACCUGUCCACCUUAAAUAGGUGAUUGUGCUCAGGAAAUAAUAUCCGUAUAGUUUCAUGUCACUUUAUUCAUUGCUUAAUCUGUCUUGAUUUUCAAUUGAAUUCUAUUCUAUUAUUCUUCUGUUGAAGUUGUUUGUUCAGAAUUUUUCUGAAAUGAAGGGAAAAGAGAGAGAAACUCCUAAAGCAGUGAUAGUUUGGUUUCCAUCACACUGCAGCAGUAUAUAUAUCUAUACGCCUUAAAAACUGAAUGUAUUUCUUAAUGAAUAAAAUUCCAAACACAUAUACCAUGUGUUUAUUUUAUUAUGUUUUUUGUUCAGCAAUACAGUGUAAUGUUUAUGCCAAAAAUACAUUUACAGUAUUUACCCCCAUCA